AUGAAGGAGAGCAUCAUCAACCCGCCGGGGAAGGACCCGAAUUCGAUCAUGACUGUAGCUGACCAAGGUCAGGGAGGUCUCGAGGAAAAAACCCGAUCAAAUUCGACCACUCAAUCGUCGAUUGCUCUGACAAAUGACAAUCCUGCCAUCACAACUCCCAAGCACGUCAGCAAGCGAAACCCUUCAAAAAUCGCCAAGGAUGGCGCAAUGAAAGGUCGCUCGCUCCUCCCAUCUGAAGUUGCCCAAGGUCAGGUUGACCUCACGGCCAAAGCUCGAUCGAACUUGACUACUCCUUUGUCGAUCGAUCUCACCAAGGAUAACCCUGAUCUCACGAAUACCAGAGCCAACGCAAGCAACCCCUUCCAAAACCGCCGAGGAUGGCGCAGUGCAAGGACGGCCGCUCGUUGCCUACAACAAGAACCUCAAGGUGUCGAGUUCCACGGCUCUACAAGAAGGCGUGGAGAAAGAGGUUUUGGAAAGCAGGCAUUUAUUACUUGGUCCUCUCGCACGGCGGAAUACUCUGGUCGGGCAAUCUCCAAAUGCCCUGGCUGGUGGGCCAAUGUCAACAUGGAUCCAUCUUCCGACGCCCAAACCUACGACGACAUCGCUGCGUUCAUCCUGACUGGCCUGAAGGCAUAUGACCCUUCACUCGGCGGUUCGAUGCCACAGCUUCGGUCCAGCAUGCAGAAUCUGUUCUCCCUUGGAGAUCUCGAAGACGCCGACAACGACGAAGGUUCCUGGGCUCUUCGCGAGUACUUUCUUCGUCUCGCAACACAGUGCCCCACGGUUGUGUUCGAUCUUGCAAUGGCCUAA